AUGAGCGGCCGCAUCAGCAAUCGGAGCGUCGGCGUCGGAGUGCGGGACGCUGGCGGCGUCGGCGGAUCCAGCGAUGACAAGGACAAUCCUAACGAGUUCGACGCCCUUUACGCGGACAGUCAGGUGAGCAGACUACUCCCGGGGGGUGGCACUCGCCAUCAACAUGUUUACGCGCAUUGCCAUGUUUCGAAACUGUCUGGUAGUUUUCAUGUUACCUUCAUCACGUUCGCACUAGGUUGCAGAAUUCUGGACAUAAUCUUUUGAAGCUCGAAGUUUGCAGUGAAGUGCGACCAAAUUUCACUCUCAAUCUCAAUUUUCACCUGCCUAAUCUGUUUAACUAAUUAUAUUCCAAAGCAAGGCCACGAAUUCAUUUUCUCACUUGAGAAGUCCCUCCUCUCACUUUCCCCGGUUUCCGAGAAGCGGAAGUAUUCUCUGACAGCAGUGAACCCGAAAAGCUCAUCGAAUUUUAUGAGAUGGCAUUUGCGGCUUCUCUUUUUGCUCAUUCUCCUCCCAAAAUGGAAAAGAACUGCACAGAUGUGUUCUGCAAACAAAGUGGGGGCUCCCGAUGCGUCGAUCUGCGCACCACUGACCAGGAGCAGAGCACGAGAGGUACAGUAAUCGCAGCGACUGACUGAAGCAAGAAGAAGUCGACGUGUGCCACCUGCCAGUUUCAUAUGAAAAAUGGCGAGUAAUAAAAUUGGGCCAAACGGCUCAUUCUCGCCGCCUCGAUAGAGCGCACUUUACACAUUAGCGCAGAAAAAAACGAAGAUGCAGAAGAUGGGUCCAUCCGGGAGAGAGGGGCAGAGCCCCGGAGCCGAUGACUUUUGUGCUCGUCUCGAACGAAAAGGCGAUGAUAAUUGGGCAUCGAAAUGAAGAGGGGGCAAAGCUGCUUUCUCUCCUUCCCACUUUCCCUUUCUCUCCUCGAUCCGUCGCCUUUUAUUCUGAAUGUAUCAACUUGCAAUGUUUUCAGUCUCUUUCUUUCCGAAACAGGUGAAAGAUCGAGCUCGAUAACACUGCAGUUUGUGCUCCAGACCCUCUCAUUAGCUGUCAUUCGCAGUAAGCAAGCACAUAACUGAGCCAUACCUGUCUGAGCAGUGAAUAAGCAAUGACUUCUGCACCACUUAUCACUUCUGAAUGCCUCUGCUCUGUCUAGACUUCAUUCUAGUCCCUGGUGGCCCGACCUUUAGUCCAUCUGAAGCAUAAGUACAAAGGAGCUCACUUCCAUACUAAAUAAGUCGCAUUCCUCUGUCUCUCUCUCUCCGUUUGCGGCCUUUUUGAUGUGUCUCUCUUCCGUACUCUGAUCCCCGCUCUUCAAGUAAACAAAUUCUCCAGAGGAUCAGCGAAUCAAACGCCAACCGUAACAAUGUUUUUGAAAGAAUCAGACAAUAACCGAGAACAAUCCGUGUUUUAUUUCCUCGCCCGUUUCCCUUUUAAUUCCUCCAUCUGACUAUAUCAAACGGACGGUUUUAAAUCGACUUAAAAACUAUCAUCAAUUCGGCUUCCGAAACAUGAAAUAUCAUCUGAACCGACUGCCUCAAAUGCUCCCAUUUUACAGAACAGUUCGGCGCUGAACGCUUCGCCGAUUCUGCUCGGAAACCUCGAAAUGGGGUGCAAAAGGUGAGUCGUCUGCCCUGGAAAUAACUCGUAAUCCCCUCGGAAUCCGUUCAGAUUCCGCCUGAAUCUUUCAAUGAAGCACCGCAUCCGAUGCCUAGUCUUCGUGCUGACGUGGCUCCAGCUGGGAAGCGUCAUGAAUUGCGUCGACGUCUUCUCGUUCUCGAUGGUCUACAUGGAGAAGAACUCGACAAUCGCUGCAGAAGCGGGUCGCGAUGACGUGAGUCCGAUUCGUUUUUUUUUCCUGGCCGCCCCCGGCUGUCGUCAUGAGACCAAAAGACGGGGACUUUCGGGUCCGCAAAAAAAGAGAAUGAUGGAUCGGAUCUGAGAAGGGCGGUCGGGGACAACUGGCGGGACCGCUUGCAGAAGAAGAGUCGUUCUUCUCUUCGGGUCGGAUGAAAUUAGCAGCCGUACUUUAGUCGGGGCGCCAAAUCAUUUCCAAAUUUUAGCUUUCCCUUGGUCAGCUGAAAAAGGGGGCUGAGUAGAAUACAGACAGCCAGCCAAACAUCCAUUCCUUUUCAGAUAUACAUAUACUCUCUGGAAGAGAAAUCGAGUCUGAUCUCAGCAAUGGCUAUCGGUUCGCUCAUCGGAAUGUACCCCCAGAACACGCUCAUGCAGAAGUACGGUCCCCGCAUCGUACUGACGAUUGCCAGUCUGCUGUGCGCCGUCGUCACCGCCUUCUUGCCGUGGGCUCUCGACACCCAUUACCACGUGGCGCUCGUCUUCCGGAUACUCCAAGGAGUCCUUUAUUCGGCGGACUUCGGAGUCGUCGGAUACGUCGUUUCGAAGUGGUCGCCCAUAAGCGAAGUGGGCAUUUCGCUGGCUGCUCUCAGCGGAUUCACAGCCGCCAGAGCAGUCAUUCAGUUGCCCUUGGCCGGAUGGGUAAGCCCCGCCCCCUCGGGCCAUCUUUCAAAAUGUCUUCUGUUUCAGACGACGUCGACUAUCGGAUGGAGGCCCAUUUACUACAUUCUAUCGGUGUUUCUGUUUGUCUCCACUGCCGUCUGGUUUCUGUUUUAUCGCGAUGAACCGGAAGAUCAUCGGCUGAUGACUCAAUCGGAGUUGCAGCACAUUGCGAACGGAACGAAAAAGGAGAAGAAGGACAAGAAGACGCCGUACCGGGAAGUUCUCUCCGAAAAGUCUGUCUGGGCCGUCUGGUUCGCCGGAUUCGCCGACAUCUUCGCCAGUUUCGUCUUUCUCGUCUACGGCGCCCAGUAUUAUCAGUAUUUGGGAAUGGACAUUCAGGCGAACGCGUGGCUCAAUUCGAUGAAGGGAUACCUGUUCAUCGGCGUCCGAAUCUUCGCCGGACUCGCUUCCGACCGCAUCCGAUCUCUCUCGGAACGCAUGAAGCUCCGCCUCUUCAACACGAUCUCACUGCAAGUGCCCGCCUUCUUUCUUCUGAUAGUCGUGUUUCUGCCACGCGAAUAUCCAUAUCUGCACGUCAUCUGCAUCACUUUCUAUCAGGCCUCUUUCGGGUUUAAUUGCGGAGGAUUCUACAAAGGCGCCGCUUUGAUAUCAAGGCAAUGCACAGUCUAACUUGUCAGUACUAACUUGUUCUGCUUUCAGGCAAUUCUCUUAUUUUGUCAUCGGGUAUAUUCAACUGUUCAAAUCGUUAGCUACUCUCCUUGAGCCGGUUCUUUUCUCAUUGCUUGUACUUCCAGGAAGUCCAGAUGGUCAGUUUCAUGAUUCUUUCAAAAAAUAAAAUGACAUUUUUCAGCCGAACUCUCGUGGACCAGUUACUUCUUGAUCCAUGCUUUCACGUUGACCGUCGCUAAUGCCGUCUACGUCAUCUUUGCUCGUUCGGAACCAGCCGACUUCGUACUGAAUGCCGACCUGGAACUGAACAAACCUCAGCUUCCUUGCGAAACCUCAAUUAAUUAA